CCCGCUCCGGCCCCAGUGCCAGGGCGCAGCGCGGGGCCCGCCAUGGCCGCUGCGCGCCCCCGCCGGCGCCGCUGACAUGGCCCGGGCCAGCGGCGGGCGGCAGCUGCCGGCGGAGCCCGCCGCGGAGCCGCCGGAGAGCUACCAGCUGCGGCAGGAGAACGAGCUCCAAGUGCUGGAGUCCAUCUACGGGCAGGACUUCCAGGACCUGCGGCAGAGCCAGGCCUGGAAGGUACGACAGCCUCCUGAAAUUAAUUUAGUUCUGCGUCCUCAGGGAUUGACUGGUGCUAAUGAAGCGUAUGCCAAAGUGGACCUGUGGGUCAAGUGUCCACACACUUACCCUGAUACAGUUCCUGAAAUACAAUUGAAAAAUUCAAAAGGCUUGUCAAAUGAAAAAAUAAAUGAACUAAAAUCCAGACUAGCUGAACUGGCAAAACAGCGCCGUGGAGAGGUGAUGAUAUUUGAACUUGCUGACCAUGUACAGUCAUUUCUCAGCGAGUAUAAUAAACCACCUUCUAAGUCUUUUCAUGAAGAAAUGCUAAAAAAUCAUCAGAAAGAACGGGAAAGAUUGGCUCAGGAGGAAUUGCGUAGGGCACAAGAAGUUAAGAGAAGAGAGGAGCAGGAGCAACGUGAAAUCCUUAAUGAGAUUCAGAGAAGGGAGGAAGAGAAAAGGGAAGAAAGAAAAAAGAAAGAGAUUGCCAAACAGGAACGUUUGGAAAUAGCUGCUCUGACAAAUCAGGAAGAUUCUCAUAGGAGAGAUACUGCAGGGCAUGGAACUGCUUCACGUUUAAAUGGGAGCUGUUUGGAACAUGGAGCGAAUAAUAAACACCGACCAAAUUCAGCUGGGCGUUCAAAACGAGAACGCCAGCUUUCUGUUAGUAAUAAUGAAGAGUCCCCUGGAAAUCACGAAGUUCUCAACUUCAGCACAAGUGGUGCUGGUCAGCUUACUGUCCAUAAAGGAAAAUGUCUAGGCAAGGAUGAACAGCUUGGUAAAUCUGUCUACAAUGCCUUGGAAAUUUACAGUGGGGACUUUGUUCUAAUAUAUGAGUGGGUUCUGCACUGGCAAAAAAAGAUGGGAAGGUUUCUUACAACUCAUGAAAUAGAAAAGAUUGAGAAGUCUAAGAAACAGCUUCAGGGAGCAGAGACAGAGUUCAGCUCACUGACAAAGCUAAGUCACCCAAACAUUGUACAUUAUAAAUGCAUGAACCUCAAAGAGCGGGAUGACUCGAUUGUGGUGGAUAUUUUAGUGGAGCACAUAAGUGGUUGCAGCCUUUCUACAUACUUACACAAAGAGACUUCAGUUCCAGUUGAGCAGUUGCGCCAUUACGUGAUCCAGAUCUUGUCAGCUCUUGACUACUUGCACAGUAAUUCAGUAGUGCACAAGGUCCUUUGUGCUUCCAGUGUCCUGGUAGAUGCUGAAGGAAACAUCAAGGUCACAGACUACAGCAUUUCCAAGCGCUUAGCUGACAUCUGCAAAGCUGAUGUUUUUGAGCAAACCAAGGUUCGUUUUAGUGAGGAUGGUCUUCCCAACAAACCUGGAAAAAAGGGAGAUGUAUGGCGUCUGGGCUUGCUUCUGCUUUCACUCAGCCAGGGCCAAGUAACCAAGGAAUUUCCAGUUGCUGUUCCUACCAAUUUACCUGCUGACUUUCAAGACUUUCUAGAGAAGUGUGUUUGCUUGGAAGAUAAAGAAAGAUGGACUCCUCAGCAGUUGCUGCAACAUAGUUUUGUAAACAUUCCACGAAUAAAAAUACCUGUAGCUGAAGAAAAUCUAGAUGAUUCAGCAGGUAUAGAUUGCAUGGAGACAGUUGUACCCAGCAGUCGGAUAUCCAGUGCUUCGUUCUUCACAGAAACACAGAGACAAUUUUCACGAUACUACAAUGAGUUUGAAGAGCUAAAAUUACUUGGUAAAGGGGCUUUUGGAGCAGUCAUCAAGGUGAGAAAUAAGCUUGAUGGUUGCUAUUAUGCUGUGAAACGUAUUCGCAUAAACCCUACCAGCAAGCAAUUUCGGAGGAUUAAGGGGGAAGUAACAUUGCUAUCCCGCUUGAACCAUGAGAAUAUUGUGAGGUAUUACAAUGCUUGGAUAGAAAAACAUGAAAGUCCUGUUCCCACUGUGUCAACAUCUGAAACAACCGAAGAGAGAAGAAUGCCCCCCAAAACCGGUCUCUUCAUCCUUUCCGCUGAGGAGACAAGUGAUGUGGAAAAUAAUGCUCCUCCUCCGCGUUUGACAAGUUCAGUUGAGUGGAGUACUUCAUGUGAAAGAUCCUCCAGCAACAAAUUCAGUGGGGCUGAUCAGGAGUCCAGUGAUGACGAUGAUGAUGGUGAUGGCGUGUUCUCACAUUCAAUUUUGCCAACCACAGAUUCUGAAAGCGAUAUAAUUUUUGACAACGAAGAUGAAAAUAGUAAAGGUCAUUCUCCAAAUGAAGAAGGCAAUGACAAGAACAGCCAUGGAGGAGAAGACAGGACACCAGUCGUUCAGACAGUGCAUUAUCUGUACAUUCAGAUGGAGUAUUGUGAAAAGAGCACAUUAAGGGACACUAUUGACCAAGGGUUAUGUGAAGAUACCAGCCGGCUUUGGAGGCUUUUCCGAGAGAUUUUGGAUGGGUUAGCUUACAUCCAUGAAAAGGGAAUGAUCCACAGAGACUUGAAACCUGUGAACAUUUUUUUAGAUUCAGAUGAUCAUGUGAAAAUUGGUGAUUUUGGUUUAGCUACAGAUUAUCCAGCAAAUGCAGUGGUCUCUAAACAAGAGGAAAAUCUCUCAGAUGGUUCUGCUGUGUCUGACCCAUCAGGUAACUUGACAGGGAUGGUUGGAACCGCACUGUACGUCAGCCCAGAGGUCCAAGGAAGCACAAAGUCUGCAUACAAUCAGAAAGUGGACCUGUUCAGCCUAGGUAUAAUAUUCUUUGAAAUGUGUUACCAUCCUAUGAAUACUGCAUCAGAAAGGAUUUUUGUUCUUAGUCAGCUAAGGCUGCCUGCGAUUGUAUUUCCUAAGGACUUUGAUGAAGUCAAGCAUGAAAAGCAGAGAUUGGUUAUUACAUGGCUCCUCAACCAUGAUCCUGCAGCACGACCAACAGCUGUGGAGCUGUUGAAAAGUGAACAUCUCCCACCACCACAGAUGGAGGAGUCUGAACUCCAUGAGGUCCUCCACCAUACCUUAGCAAACGUGGAUGGAAAGGCCUACCGGACUAUGAUGAGUCAGAUAUUUGCACAGCGUAUAUCCCCAGCAAUAGACUAUACUUAUGACAGUGAUAUGCUGAAGGGUAGUUUUUCUAUUUGGGCAGCCAAGAUACAGCAGCAUGUAUGUGAGAUUGUCAGCCGGAUAUUUAAAAGACACGGAGCCAUCAAGCUGCAUACUCCACUGCUGAUGCCCAGAAAUAAAAAACUAUAUGAACAUAAUGAAGCUUCAUAUUUCAUGGAUCACAGUGGCAUGCUGGUAAUGCUUCCUUACGAUCUCAGAAUUCCUUUUGCAAGAUUUGUAGCUAGAAAUAACAUAUCCAACUUGAAAAGAUACUGUAUAGAGCGAGUUUUCAGACCUCGGAAGUUAGACCGCUGUCAUCCCAAAGAACUCCUAGAAUGUGCAUUUGACAUCAUUACAUCUACUGGAAAUAGUUUUUUGCCUAUAGCAGAAACAAUUUAUGCAAUUUCAGAAAUCAUUCAAGAGUUUUCAGUGCUACAGGAAAGAAAUUACAGUAUUUAUCUGAACCACACUGCCUUACUGAAAGCUAUACUUUUGCACUGUGGGAUACCAGAGGACAAGCUCAAUCAAGUCUAUGUCAUUCUCUAUGAUGCUGUGACUGAAAAGCUAACUAAAAGAGAAGUAGAAGCCAAGUUCUGUAAUCUUUCUCUCACACCAGCUAGUCUCUCUAGACUCUAUAAAUUCAUUGAGCAGAAGGGAGAAGCAAGUAAUGUAUUUCCAUUUCUAAACACAAUGAUAAAACAAAAGCCAAGUGUCACUCAGCUGCUGAAGCAUGGCAUGAAGGAUUUGGAGGAAAUCAUUGGUCUGUUAAAGCAACUGGGAAUAAAACUUCAGAUCUCUAUAAAUCUGGGACUAGUUUACAAAAUACAGCAGCACAAUGGUAUUAUCUUUCAGUUUAUAGCAUACAUCAAAAGAAGACAAAGAACUGUUCCUGAAAUUCUUGCUGCAGGAGGCAGAUAUGAUCAUUUGAUUCCACAGUUUAGAGGGCCACAGACAGUAGGACCAGUUCCUUCAGCUGUUGGAGUCAGCAUAGCUAUAGAUAAAAUAACUGCUGCUGUUUCCAGUGUGGAGGAUUCUGUUUCUGUCAGCUCGUGUGACCUCUUGGUUGUAAGUGCUGGUCAGAUGUCAAUGGGUAGAGCUAUCAACAUUGUUCAGAAAUUCUGGACUGCAGGAAUUCCAGCCGAAAUAAUGUAUGACUGGUCCCAGUCCCAGGAAGAACUGCAGGAAUACUGCAGAUGCUCUGGGAUUACAUAUGUGGCUCUGGUGUCAGAGAAGGAAGGAAGUCAUGUGAAGGAUGCAAAGACUGGACUGUGUCACAACAUGAAUGUACUCUGUACUCUGCAGCCUGUGGUUCAGGUGAAAUCCUUUGAGAAAGACAGGCAGACGGAGAAAAGGAUUUUAGAAUCUGACUUACUAGAUCACCUGAUCCAGAAACUGAAAAUGAAAAUCGGUGAUGAAAGAUGUAGCAGAGAAACCGCAGAUAACCUUUCAAUACCAAAUCAAAAAGGAUCAUUUACUAACAUUUCAGGUGUGUUUGAAUCACAUGGAACUCUUGUAGUGCCUAAUGUUAGUGUUAUAGCUCCUGAAAAAUUAUCUGCCAGUGCCAGGCGUCGUCAAGAAAUUCAGGUACAAACAAGACUUCAGACAUUCAUUUCUAGCCUGCAACAGAAAACAAGUGAGAUUGAGAUUUUAGCAGUUGAUCUGCCAAAAGCAACUAUCAUACACUUCCUAUCAUUAGAGCUUGAUGGAGAUAGACAAGCCUUUGAUGCUACUGUGAGACAACUGGUGUCACGAUGGCCCAAGCAGAGAUCUUCAUAUUUACAAGCAAUUUGUGAUGAAAUUUACAGUCUCAAAAUGGAAAAGAGGGUUCCUGCACUUAUCCUGUACAGUUACCGAGAUGAAUACAAGGUUUUGUUUUAGUACUUAAAGCAUCUUUUAUGGGAUGCUUCUACAGAUGGACAACAGCGUUUGUCAAAAGGCAUUUCAGAGAGCUGUAAUAAUGCAAGACAGGCAACUAGUGUCUUUUUCUGUGUCCAAAUUGCAUUUCAUGUAUAAUGUUGUCCUGGUUCUGGUGAGGACAGGGUUAAUAUUUGCUGUAGCUAGGAGGAGGCAUGGCCAGGACCCAGAGGUUGAUCUGUAUCAGCUCACACCAUUGCUUCUAGGCCCCUUCCAGGGGGGCAUAAGGUGGCACAGGGAGCAAGUGGACUCAUUCACCUUUCCUGUACCCUCUGCUACUGGUAUUGUUGCUGUUACUGUUUUCUUAUUUUAUUGCUGUUUCCAGCAAAUUCUUACCUCAAGCUGUGCUCUUUACCUUGUGUCCCAGUUCUCCUCUCCAGCCACUGGCAGGGGGAGGGGGUAGUGAGUGGCACAUGGAUUCACAUGGAGCACUAAACUAGAGAAUGACAUUCCUAAACCAUGAUAAAUACAAAACCAAAUGCUUUCAAAAUAUGGAAGUAAUUGUUUUAUAGGCAAUUAAGGAGCAAGUCUGACUAUAGCCAGAGAUGGGUAUUACCAUGUAGUUCUUGCCCCUUAUGCUACACAAAUCAGCUGUACAGGUGUAAAACUACUUUUUAAAAAUAGUUUCAGAAUGCCUUUUGUGCAACAGUAGUGCUACAACAGGAAAUGUCAGUUCUAGAAUUACGAAAUAAUUAAUUACCUUUAAAAAAAUUGUUUAAAACAUUUUUGUGGAGUUUUUAUGUAAUAAAAACUGCUGAGCCUUAUUGAAACAUUUA